CGGACGUCCCGCCUCCAUUGUUUGUUCGGUCUAACAUCAUUGGUCGAGCAGAAACCAGAGUAUCAUUUGAAUUUAGAGCUUGUGCAGUCUGUGGAGUCUAACAACAGAGAAUACGAGAGUCGUGUCCGUCGCUGGUACUUUUUCCAUUUGUUAUAAGCAAAACUGUGGCCUCCUUACUUCUCUUCUUCUGCUCUUCACCUGUGUGUCGGACAAGAUGACUCGCUAUUCACCUGGAAACCGUAGAAAGCCCAAAACCCCUGUUCGUCGCCCCCCAGUGCCAACCCCCGGAACACCUAGAUCAACACGUGGAUCCCCGAGAAGAAGUGGACCUUCAUCUAAACCUCCAAAAAGCUCUGCCGCAUCUCCCAAAAAGAGGAGGUUCCGACCAGGAACCAAGGCCCUAAUGGAGAUCCGGAAGUACCAGAAGAGCACCGAUCUUCUCAUCAGAAAGACGUCAUUCGCCCGACUGGUUCGGGAGGUGUGUCAAAGUUUUUCCACUAGCUAUCUCCGCUGGCAGGUCGUUGCUCUCAUGGCUCUGCAAGAGGCUGCAGAGGCCUUUCUCGUUUUACUGUUGUCAGAUGCUAACUUGUGUGCCAUCCAUGCCAAGAGAGUGACAGUGUUCCCACGGGACAUUCAACUGGCCCGGAGGAUCCGUGGGAUCGAUUUCAUGUAGAAUCCACACCAUAGUUGAGAGAAUCCCAGCAACAUUCAGAUACUGUUUGGGCCUCAUCCUCCUGCUGUGUUGAUUCAGUGCUCAGUUAAAGUUUUACACUCGUUUUAAGUGUUUUCUGAAAGCAGAGCAUGUUCUUGAUUUUAAUUUUCUUUAACAUUUGGAUCCUGAACACCUAAUUUCUGCAGGGAGUUAACAUGGAGAUUGUUGACAAAUGUUUCUAGCAGCUGUAGUUUUGUAUAAUACUAGUGUGUUCUUUAACUGUUCUGAGUACAUUUACUAAUGUAAUAUUGAUGUGUAUAUUUUAUUGCUCAUUAAAGUAAACCUAUUUUGUCUAUAA